UAUUCAAGAACUUAUCAAACAUGGUUCACAGAUGUUGGAUAGUCAUGGGACAAGGGAGGGUGACUGAACAAACUGAAUAGCCAAAUAUUGAUCUUUGGGAUAUUUACAUAUGAUGUGUAUAGUCAUUGAAACAGCAUCCGACUUGCCACAGGUGGUGCUCGAGAAGUGCUCCGCCUCUACGAAGGCAGGGAUGCAAAUAGUAACUGGAGAGCUAUUACCUUACACUCGAUCCUUCGGGCCAAGAGGCACAGUCAUCAGAUCACAGCGGCUCUUUUACAAUGAAAACUAGACAGUGGCUGUCACCUGAGGAGCAGUGAAAACGCCAUUCAGCGGGAUCAGUCAAGCAGCCGUGGCCGCCAUCACCAUGCCCACUGCAGAGCUCGUGGGAGUCCAGUUCGACAUGCAGCUGCUGCUGAAGCUCAGCGUGUCUGUUGCUGUCGUGUUGCUGGGCACUCUGGCCUUCAAAUUUUACAACUCCAGGAAUGUGAGGAAAGUUCGUCUCCCUGUCAAGGAUGACAAAGAGCCUGAAAAUGCAACCUGCCAAAACUGCAAGACGACACUACGGCGGAGCUCGCCGCAGCAGGGCAGGAGCGAUGAGGGUGAGCAAUCCGGGGACCUGACGUCUCACGCCAUCGAGGAAACAUCGGGGAAGGAGAAAAAGAGCGGCACUGCUGGAAUAUCACAUCAUGACCCAACUGCCAGGAAGGAUGAGGAGACGCUCUCUGACCAGAGUCAGGUGCAUCCUGCCACCAGUAAUAUUUCAUUGGGAUCUACUUUGAACUUUCCUCAUCCAACAGAGAGUGGGUUGGCCAGUACAACGGGGCGCCGCUCCCCUUGCUUUUUGCAGAAGCUGGAGGGCAGUGUGGGUGUGGGCAGGGAGUUAAGGCAGGACUUGGAGCGCCUGGGGGCCUACUCCAGCUUCCUUUCCAAGGCAGAGAUCAAAGUGGAGGAUGCCAAUGUAGUGCUGGAAGGAACAGGAGAUCAGAUUGUGCGCGGAAAGAUAUAUGACUACUACGUUGAGUCUUCUUCUCAGUCUGUUACGGACUCCAACUCUACGCUCGGUCAGUUUGAGAGAAACCCUGAGUCCCAGCCAGUAGAGUUUGGAAGCCGGAGUAACGCUCUCCCUGAGUCGCCUUCGUCUUUAAGCCCCAUCAUUAUGCGUGAUCUGGUUUUCCCACAAAGCACUCCUGAGGAGGCCUCCUCACAAAGAAGUCCCGACCUGAGGCCCCCUGCAAGGCCCGUACUCCUACGCAAGGAGAGUUAUCUGUCUGCAGCAGAGGAGUCUGAGCUUUCCAUUCCCUUUUUGACUUCAAGAGCCUUAAAUCCAAUGACUCACUCUGUGGUUUCAUCUGGCAAUGACUGUGUUCGCCCUGUGAUCGGUCCCUCCCCAGAGAGCAAAGGCCCAAAUGUGAAAGAUGGAGUUGAUCUAGACACUGUUGCAGGGGCUCCGUUUUUACAUCUGCCGGCACACAUGCUCAAUAGCACAGAUUUGGAAGUCUUGAAGAGUAAACUUGAUCUGGGUAACUGUUUAGAGACACUGUGCCUGGCCAAGAGGCAAGGCCACACAUCUGCACAGCAAGCGGCGCUGUCUGUCAUGUCAGACAACUACCUGCAGGUGCUCAGGGAUCCAAACCUUUACGGACGCUUGAUGGCUGGCGAGCGGGAGGAAAUCCGAAAGCAGAGAAUGAGGGGCAGGAGGUUCGUCAUGGUUGCCGACAUGGACCCUCAAGACUGGAUGAGCAACACGGAGCGGCAGACAGCAACAGCAGAGCAGAAGAGGGUGUCCAGUGCAGUGUACUAUUAUGAUGACUACAAAGAUGCCUGGCAUACACUCUGCCUGAUCCCACAGGAGGUCAUCUCUAAAGCCUGUGCCAUGUGCACAAUGGAUAACUACUUAUUUGUGGCAGUAGGCUGCCAGGGCUCUGACAGAGAAAUGACACCCUCAAAGCGAGUGUUUUGCUACAAUCCUUUGACAUCCAUUUGGAAAGAGAUCAGUCCUAUGAAUGAGGCCAGACCCCGCUGCAAACUGGCAGCACUGGAGGGCUACAUCUACGCCAUUGGAGGGGAGUGCCUCUCCUCAGUGGAGCGCUAUGACCCUCGACUGGACAGAUGGACGUUUGUGGCUCCACUGCCUAAUGACACAUUUGCUGUGGCACACCACGUCUCGGUGUGUAACGGAGAGCUUUUUGUUUCCGGGGGGAGUCUCAGGUAUAUCUUACUGCGCUACAACCCGAAGACUGACACCUGGAGGUCAAGUCUCCUCGUAGGCGGCAAAGACAGAACCGCGGACAUGGUGGCUGUGGGGAGGUUUCUGUAUAGGUUUGACGUUAACCCACUGCUGGGGGUCACUGUGUACCGCUACCACACUGUGGCAAAGCUGUGGUAUGAGUGCAGCUGCAGACGGUUUGUGCGGUGCCCUGCCUUCCAGUGUGUCCCCAUGGACGGCACAAUAUACUGCGUCAGCCGCCAGUUCACCAUGAGGUUCGUGGCUGAUGAGAUCUCCCCGGCAUUCACAGACGAGGAUUUGAGUGUCCUUUCUGCAGCCAGAGGUGUCAUUUUUCCCUUCGUCCUGUCACUACCUGAUAAGACGCUUCGGCAAACAAGUGUGUAGCAAAAAUUCAGUUUUCUACUGAGUUCAUAUUAGGACUGAAUGAACACCCACAUGGGUGUGCUUAACCCACCCUUCCUUCUCAAAGCAAACUGUGCUGUCAUUUAUUUGAUGUGUCUUAAAGAUUUCUUGAAUUGAUAACACGCUAUGUAUUGCUUUUUUUCAUUUGUUUUCUUAUGUCUUGUCCCUGGCAGCAGAUGUAAUAUAUGAGACUCUUAAUGGUCGUCAAAGUACUGUUUACUUAGAUUUACACGGGAUGUGCUGCCAUGUAAAUUGUCUGAUUCUUUGAUUUGCCACUCCUUCCUGGCAUUAUGUUUGUUUUAUGUCAUCACAGAUGCUUAACCUCUUUACUGUAACUCAUAAAAAGUACCGGAGUAAAUGAGUUCGUUCAGGUCUAACACAUAGAGGGUUGGGCGAUAUAGUGACAAUCCAUCACUGUGCUCCUUUGUGUAGGGCACAGAUAUAACUUACACAGUGGCUUGCAUACAAUGUAAUUAU